AUGAUAAGUCGACUAUUUCUUUUGUCUACGUUGCCUCCGCUAGCAAAACUGAAUUCACCUCUGCAUGCAUCGACUGCUCCUGCUACGCCUCGCUUUGGCCCAGGUCACGUGAUUGUGGUACCACAUGAACUUAGCAGAGCUGUAAGCCAGAGUUCUGUGGAGACUGAUAAUGUACCGAAUGACGAUCUCGUACAGAAGAGAGAUGGAGUGUAUGUGGCGCCUUUCUUGAGGCUACCGGAAUCCAAUGAUGUUUCUCAAAUUUCUUCGUCUAUUCAGGGAGCCAGGUGA